AUGGCGGCCACCUCGCCGCAGUUGCCACUGCGCUUCCCAUGCUGGUGCCGAGCGGUGUACUCAUGGGGCGGAGAGACGACACGCGACCUGGGCUUUGUGGAGGGCGACUUGAUUGAAUGUUUGAAUGCAGGCGACGGACAAUGGUGGAUGGGCCGUCUGCGCCGAGACAGGCGUGCGGUUGGGCUCUUCCCAUCCAACUUCGUCGAGCUCCUCAGCGAGGACUUUGUCCCCGUUAGUCGGUCUGCCAGCCCAAUGGUUCAAGCAACCACAUCUCCUAUCAACAAUCCUACGGCGGCCCCCAAGAAACAGAAAACAGUGUUCCGGAAGCCCUUCCAGGCCCAUAGAGAGGCCGUUGCCCCCUCGUCCCAACUGGCCCGCAAUGGGACAACCUCAACUGUUACAAGCAAUAUUCCACAAACGCCCCCCGAGAUGGCUCUGUUCCGCGAAGCGUCAAACCGCUUCGUACCCAUGCAUCCCAAGUCAAGAAUCAAGGCUCCUUGUCCCGAACGUCGCCUGUAUCGCGUCCCUCCUCACGUGGUGCUUCUCCCCUCUCACCCCGUUCUUCGCAAGAGCCUGAGGAAUCAUCCGCCAUGA